CAUCAGAAACUUCUUGGACACAUUGCUUGCAUCCACACAAUGAAGUCCAGUUGCUGAGUUAGCCCAUUUUCUAAAUUUUCAGAAAACACUGAAUCAUAAACUAAUCAAGUGGUCAGUCUCUGUUCGGGAAGUUAAGGUCUUCUCUGCAGGCAUCAGCACAAGAAUCCUUGGCUGCAGUUACAUCCCAGGUCACCAGGAUGUAAGAGUGCCUGAGAACUUCUGGAGGCCCCUGAAAGCCACCCGAUCACAGCAGCUAAUUCAACCUAAGGGUCAAAUUAAAAUUAUUGAAGGGUGCUGCUAUGCCACAUUGCCGCCACCACCAUCCAAGAGUUUGCAAACUGGGUCUCUUGGGUAGUGGGCAUGGAAGUAUGGAAGGAUUUUCUGCUUGAGAGGACAGGGAGGGGCUCCUCUGGAAUGCAAAGGAGGUUUGGGAGUCCAGAAGGGCAGCGAAAAGCCGGGCAGUCCUACAGCUCCUGCAUUAUGAUGUAGCAGGGAUCACAAAGGCCAGAGUUGCCAGGGGCUUCUAGUCCUGGAAUGCUGGAAAGCUCCACUUGGAGGGCCCCCCAGUGCCAUCAGAAGGGCUGGCAUGGGCCCACUCGCCAGAGCCUGGACCAAGGGAGACCCAGGGGGUGUCUGCCAUUCCUGUUCUGCUCUUCUGGCAUGCAGAUUGGGCUGGUCAACUGGACAGGGGGGUAUCUCACCAGCGAGUGCUAUGGGGAUGGUGUCAGUGUCCUGGGGAGCUCGCUGGGAAAGAAACAGACCUGGAAGCUGAGGGUGACCACUGAGCAAGGGAAGUGGAGCGUGGUGGCACUGAUUGGGCACCAAGGGCAGCAUCUCCUGGUGGAAGCGGAUGGCACGGUGCGUUGUGGGCAACCAGCGACAGACAAGCAAAGCCAGUUUCUGCUGGAGGUACAUCCAAGCGGGGCUUGGACCCUCCAGCAGGUGGAGAGCAAGAAGUUCUUGGAGUCUGAUGGCGAGGACGUUUUCUGCGUGGCCCGAGGCCUGACUGCCCACCACCUGUGGAUGCCUCAAUUAGCUGAGCAUGUGCAUGUGGCCCUCUUCAAUCCCAGCAGCCAGCUCUAUGCCCGGACUGACCCAGAACUGAACCGGGUUUGGGUGGAUGCCCCUGUGCCCUACCUGGAGGAAUGCAGCUUCCUCCUGAGGUUCAGGAAGGGGACUUGCCACCUGGAGACCUCCAAUCACAAGUUUGUCUCCAGAGCAGAGAAACUAGCCAAGACGCCCUCCGCAGAGACAGCCUUUCACCUGAACCUGAAGCCUGGCUGCCUGGCGUUCCUCACGGACAUGGAGGGGCACAUCUUGUACCCUCAGGGCAGCCGGGGGCUCCUCUGCCUUGGGGACCACCCAGUGGGGGAUGAGGAGUGGUUUGUCAUCAAGCGGUGUCCGCAGUGGGUCAGCCUGAAGACAAGAGCCAACAGAUAUGUCGGCGUCAUUUCUGACUCCGAAGUCUAUGCUGGUUCUAAGACGGUGACCCCCCUGUCCACGUUCCUCUUCGAAAUGGACCCUGAUACCCAAACGGUGCAGCUAAAAGGCAUUCACCACAAGUACCUGGCUCAGAGACAGUUCAAGAACGUGAUGGCCAAUGGGUAUGCCAAGGAGGCGGAGACCAGGUUCCAGGUUCUCUGGCAUUAUGGGAGAAUCUUCCUGAAAGCUCCUGGGGGUCACUACCUGGGAACCCUGCCAAUUGGAUUGGUGGUUGCUCGAGCUGUGCAUCCAGGGCCCAAUGAGGAGUUUGUGCUGCGCUUCGCCAAUCGCUCUUUCCUGGUGCUGCGGGGGCGCUAUGGCUACGUGGGGAGUUCCACCUGCCAAGAGACACUGCAGUGCAACCUUCUGGAGCCAGACCCUGUGGACAUCCUGCCUUGCAAGCAUGGGGUCUACCACCUCCAAAGCCGCGGGAAGAGCUUUUGGUCCCUGACCCCGGAAAGGACCUUCAGUCCUUGGGGGAAGUUUGCCUUGAACUUCUACUUGGAGAUCCAAGGGAAGAAUCUGCUGGCCAUCACAGCCCCCAAUGGCUACUAUCUGCGUGGGGAUCGGGAGGGUAGCCUCAUAGCCGACAGCGAGGAGAUAACCCGAGACUGCCUUUGGGAGUUCUAGCCUAGGAAAGGCCCUUGUGUGAAAGAAGGCACCCCAGCAGAGGUGGCGGAGCAGCUGUCUGUCUG